AUGAGUUGGCAGGGUGUCACUCGAGCUGUUCAAAUCAGACUAUGUCGUUACGUGCUUCAACGAUACUUGGGACAAUUUCUACUCGAGAAAAUCUCUUUGGACCAGCUAAGCGUAGAUUUGUCAUCGAGCAGUGGAAAUGCUGAAAUCAAAUCCGUUUACCUGGAUGUCAAGGGUCUCAAUGAGCUCAGCGAAGCAAACCAUUGGCCCAUAUUGUUCGUCGAUGGGUUCAUCGGCUCCGUAUGCGUCGAGGUUCCCUGGAUCACGAUGCUCAAAGACAAUUCCCAUGUCCGAGUUGAAGGGCUUCAACUCACAGUCCAGCCCAAGAGCUGGGCUGAAGAUCUCUCUCUCUUCGAGAGCAUGUACUCAUCGAUGAUGAGCUCGAAGCAAAUGGCCGAGGAAAUAUUCAAGGAGAGCAUAUCAGAACCUCAAUAUCUGACCGGCCUGGAGCAAAUAAUUGACACAAUGUUCAAUCGAGUGAUUGUGACUUUUGAGAACACGACCCUGAGGGUUGAGCACCUCAUCCACUCGAAUCAGUCGCAUUACUGGACCGCUUUGGAAGUUCGAAUCGACCGGUUCGAAUACCACGACGCGCUCGCUAGCAGCGAGGAUACUUCGCUUCCGGAGGAACACGUCACUCGUUCCACGAAGAAGGCCACGGUCCGCAACGUGGAGCUGCUGGUUGACAAAUUCAAUAGCGCUGAACGUAAUGAAAUCAACCCCGACAAAAAAUGCGGAGCCCUGUGCGCGAACAGUCCCGAGAUCGAUUCGAAACCCGUUCUGUUCGCCUCCCUCAAAGGCGACCAAGAAGUCGAAAUCAGCAUCGAGAAAGGCACUGAAGACGACUCGAGUCCUAAAAUUGGCGUACAGGUGUGUCUCUCUGAGCUGCCGAUUUUCAUAGAGCCGCGGCAGAUCAUGAUGCUGAGUGCCCUCAUAGGCUCGUUCGUCGGCGCAACGAGCAACGAGAAUCUUCAUCAAGAGUCGCCCUGUAAAGCUCUGAGCUCAGCCGACUUCGCGCUCAUGGAGCAAGAUCUCCAGGCUCUGAAACAGAGCAAUUUGAUGCUGGGUAGCCCCCCGCUGGGCGCCCUGGGCACACUCCAUACCUGGGCUGGGGAGCAGGAAGAAAUUCAUUACUUCCCGAUGAGUUCUUCGGCCGAUGAAUCGACCAUAUCGCUCACCUCGCAGCAUCCCAUGAGUGUCCAAACUGAGUUCAAUCUGAAGAUCGGAAUCGUUUUCAUGGUGAUCCUCGAGGAUACAGAAAACACGCCAGAUAAGAGCGGUCAUUUCUUCAAUGAAACGAACGGGGUCUCCCUCAGGGAUGUGAUAAUGGUAGCGACUCCCGACUUCCUACCCUAUAAACAUUUUCGACUAGCUCUCUAUCCGGUCACGUUGAACGGACGGACCAAAUCGUCAAGCUCUCACAAGGUCCUCGAAAUCGGCGCGACGGUAGCCAACGCGCAGCUGGUACGGUCUGACCGUACGUGGAUCGAAAGCAUCCUCACGAGUCAUAGUUCCUCCAUUCCUAAUUCCGACGUUUAUGCAGGUGGUGAUAGUCCGUUCAUGAGACUGAAAGUCAACCAUGUCUCAGACCACUCGAUGUCCUCCGAGGUGACGAACGUCAGCUGCGCCUUCGGGGCUAUCCACAUGAAAUACGAUCGCUUGCUGGAAUCCAGAAUCAUAGAGAUGUUCGAAGCGACGCCAGCUCAUAGCAAGAAAUCACCAAAGAAGUUCGGAAGCUCUUCGGGUCCAGCGCACGAGCUGAAUCUGAGCCUAACGUGCCCACAGCUGAGCUGUGAACUACGUUUCCAAGCACUUGAAGUAGCCAAUGUGCAGCGGAAACUCAGACCGGAUGUUCUCAUCCUGACUUUGGAGACGAUAACGGUUGAUGGAAAAAUAUCGAACGACGUGAGCAACGAAAUCAAAAUUCUCUUCGAAGAAGGCUACGUGGACUAUCGAAUGGGUGGAGAGGCCGAUCUCAUACAGAUUGCCCGCGUGUUCUCCGAAACCAAAGUCGACGAUGGAGCACGUUGUAACGCCAGCAUAGUAAUUCAGAUCAACGCCGCCGAACACGGAAACCUUCUGAACGAGGGCUACAUGCUCGAUUCUAUGCAUCAAAGCUCGAUUCGGAUGAAAGCGCACGACACAAUGUCCAUGUCGUUCUACGGCAAGCUCCAGGAAGAGGGUCCAUUCGUGACCCGACGAGUCAUGUACGACCGGGAGAAGGCGGGAACCGAAGAGGUGAUCCUCGCCGGUGACAGAAAGCAAAUGCAAACUUUCUUCGAAAACUGUGCGGGUUAUUCGAGAAUCGUUGUCGAUAUAGCACUCCCUUGCGUAGUGACGGAGUUCGCGAACCGUGAACUCUUUGAAAUCGUCUACAACAGGGUGCUGACAGAUCUCUUCUACAUACCAAACUCGGAAAGUCAGCGCUCGAAGAAGUCGCACGAGUUCGAAGUACGGCAGAACUUUUUCGGGAACACCGAAAAGAGCUACAUCGAUGAGAAGUUCUUUUACUCGACGACGGACGGAACCGAAGAUCUCCAAGCCCACAAACCGGUCAAACAGAACCUACUUUCGCUGUCGAUGACCGUCAAUGAAGGGAGUGUGCUUCUAGGCCAUGGGCAUCCGGACAAGGAGGAAUUCUAUUCGUUCCAGUUGAAUCCCAGACAACUGCAUUUCUAUCUUGUUAGUGGUUAUCAAGGGGACCCGAACGUGAGUUUCGUGCUACUCCAUUCGACCGAUACGGAAGUGUUCCAUUCAGGAUGCACUAGCGAGCCUAAGCCCACGCACGAGAAACUCGACAAGGGAAUGGUGCUCCCAAGCUCGGGGAGUCGUCGACUUCUGAGUCGAAUACCGAAGGAAACGUUCGGAAGGUACCGAGCUACCGACCCUCCCCAGGAGAUGCUCUGCAUCACGGUCAAAAUUUGCGCGAAUCCCAACGUGAAGUUGAAGAACGUCACAUUAGCUGUCAGCAUCGCAGAUACCGUUUGGCGCCACGUAGCGGCGCCCGCACGGCAUUUCUGGAUUACCCAGCUGAUUGAGCUCUUCACUGUUAGGGACUUCCCUGUGGCUGGUCAUAUACCGUCGUCUGUGAUAACUGAACUUCACUUCAGUCUCGAGAAGUCCAUCAUUGAUUACCGCCCUUUGCAUAUACCUUAUAACACGAUCGUUAGCAUGGAGAAUUUUUCGCUAUCAAGCAACAUAACGCCAAAAGCGACAACGUCAACUUUGCGUCUGAUUCUGGAGGAUACCUCUCUCUUCGUCGCGAAUUCCUCGGAUAAGGUGUCGCCUACCAACAUACCUAGAGACUAUGUGUGCUUGGUGAACGCCGGCCUGGUGAAUCUCUGUCUAGUUAUCACUGAAACGCGCUCGGCUGCAGCGAAAACCUGUCCGACCGUUGCAUUCACGGCAUCAAACGACGCAAUCCAUGUCAGAACGUGCUCAGACUCGUUGUUCGCUCUGCAAAGUCUCAUAACAUAUCUGGCGGCGGAUGGCGAUCUGGCUCCUGAGAAAGAGAGAAGCCCUAAGCCUUCCGAGAGUCUUCCCUGCGAAUCUGGUCUCCGAGAAUUUCCACCUGCGUCCCCUCUCGACCAGGCUUUGUCCGAGGAACCUUCCUUGAAUAUGAAUGAGAUGAUGGAGGAUGCCAUGUGCGAGAGCUUCUCCGAACGAGCUGUCGACUCUCAUAGCUCCUCGAGGUCCCUGUACGUGGAGCAAGGUCGAGAACCUUCGCCUCCUGAGGGACCCAAAGUUUACUACAACCCGAAAGACGACGAUUUUCUCUUGCUAGAAGAUCUCCCCGGUUCUGGACUGUUGAAGCAGAAGGGGCAGGAUGACGUCCGGGUCCUGAACGGUGAAGAUAUCGUCAUGAUAGAUGAUUUCCUCAAAAUACCGACUGGUAAGACAGAUCAGCUGAAAGCUCCGACCGGAUAUCCUGACCCUGUAGAGAGUUACACCUUGAAGGAAAUGACGCUCAUUUGGCACAUUUACGGUGGCAGCGAUUUCGGACAGGCUCGAUGUUCAGACACGAAACUCGGUCCGCUGCCCUCAUUGGGCGGAGCGGGUCGGAACGCGGACCAGCUCAUGGAACUGACCAUGACGAAAGUCCAGUUCCGGCACGAAGUCUACCCCCCGGAUCAGAAGAAAACCUCGCGACAGUGUCUCUUCAUCAAGGAUAUCCAGAUCAAAGACAAAGUUGCCACAUCCGAGAUGAACAAAUUCCUCUACCAGUUCAGCAACGAUUCUCUACCGAAACAGUCAAACGCCAACAUGCUGACGCUCAAGAUUACUCACAUUGCUUCCGACAACGAGUGUUCUAUAUUCAUGUCGCUCAAACCGUUACGUCUCAACAUAGAUCAGGAAGCGCUCAUGUUUCUCCGCACAUUCUUCGGCGAAUUGCAAGCCAUGGCCGGGGAAGACGUUUGCCCUAACCAGCCGUGUCCGUCGCCCCCGACGUCUUCGAACUACGGAUCUCGACGCCCCCCGAGAAUCUACAUUCGAUCGUUUGAGUUCACUCCUGAAGUUCCUAUCCGUCUAGACUACCACGGUAGACACGUCGACCUCGACAGCGGAGCGAUCGCUGGUGUUCUGAUGGGUAUCGGACAAUUCACGUGGCUGGAGCUCAAACUCAAGAGGCUCGUCAACAAGCAUGGCAUUCUCGGCUUCGACAGGCUCGUGCAGUACGCCAUUCAGGAGUGGAUAAACGACAUAAAGAAACACCAGGUCCAGAACGUCAUCGGCGGCGUGGGUCCCAUGCAUUCGAUCGUGCAGCUGUGCAGCGGAGUCAAAGACCUCUUCUGGUUGCCUGUCGAACAAUAUCGCAAAGACGGUCAGAUCGUCCGCGGCCUCCAGAGAGGCACUCACAGCUUCACCACGAACGCCGCCAUCGCAUUCCUCGAACUCACCGGGAAAGCGAUCGGUACGAUCCAGCACGCCGCCGAGUUAGCGUACAACCUCCUGUCCCCAACAGCCAACGUACCGAUUUCAUCGGGAAUUUCCGAACAGCCUGUCGACAUCCGUGAAGGCUUGAAUAACGCCUACCUCGUCAUGGCAAACGGCAUAAACGAUACCGCGCGCCACAUCGUGCAAGCCGCAGCCACAGACACGAGAGCCAGGGGAAUCACUGGCGCGGUCGGCGAGGUCCUCCGCCUUGUUCCCCCGGCGCUCGUUAAACCUGUGAUCGACGUGACCGCGGCCACGAGCAACGUCAUCAACGGAGUCAAGUAUCAGUUGGCUCCUGAAUGCCGAGACGAAGAGAUCGCUACGUGGAAGAGGUCUGAACUUAAGUAGUCAGUCGACUGUACAUUGACCUUCCCGGGAGGUGCAUGAGCAAGGUGUUGUGAGGUGAUCCAAUCUUUCUUAGUACGGAUUAGAUUCAAGCGGGGUUAUCUGUGCGAAGACCACCGGCCUCAUUCAUAGUAUUGACUGCUACCUGAUAAAUAGUGUAGUUUCGCAGCGUUGUAUACGAUUAAGCAAAUAGUUCAGGCAUGCCGACUCCGGCCGCGAAAAAGGGAGAGUGAGUGAAAUACGCUCCGCGACAUACGUUUUCCAUUUUUGUACCUCGAAUUGUCACUGGACGAAGGAUUCGAACUGAGCAGAAGAGGUGG